UUUGAAUUUCAGAUAAUUCCAGUUAGCCCAGGCUAUGCUGUUCGCCAUUGAGGAGAUCAAUAACCGAUCGGAGCUGCUACCAGGCAUUUCUCUGGGGUACAGGAUUUAUGAUUCUUGUGGCUCCAUUGCUAGAAGCAUUAAAGGUGCACUGGCCUUGGUUAACGGUAACGAAAAUGUGUCUGACACUUCAAAGGCAUGCACAAAACCCGCUAAUGUGCAGGCCAUGAUGGGAGAAGCGUCUUCAUCUCCGAGCAUGGCUAUAGCUACUGUCAUCGGACCGUUUCAUAUCCCACUGAUCAGCCACUUUGCCACAUGUGCUUGUCUCAGUGAUAAAUCCAAAUAUCCCUCAUUUCUCAGAACAAUACCCAGCGACUACUAUCAGAGCAGAGCUCUGGCCCACUUAGUGAAGCACUUUGGAUGGACUUGGGUCGGAGCCGUGCGAUCAAAUGAAGAUUAUGGCAAUAAUGGCAUGGCUAUAUUUACAGAAACUGCACAGCAGCUGGGUAUCUGUGUGGAAUAUUCCACGACUUUCUUUAGAACCGAUUCGUCAGACAAAAUACAACGACUGAUUGAAAUGAUCAAGGGCUCAACAUCGAGGGUGGUUGUUGCUUUCCUCUCUCACAUGGACAUGGAUGUGCUCAUACAACACUUGUCAAACUACAACUUGACCGGGUACCAGUGGGUGGGCACAGAGGCCUGGAUCUUUGAUUCCCAAACCGCAUCCAGAGAUAAGAAUCACAUUCUGGACGGAGCCGUAGGCCUUUACAUUCCCAAAGCGCACGUAUCCGGUCUCAGAGAGUUCAUGUUUGACGUGAGGCCACUCAACUCGUCCAACGCCGACUUGUUCACAGAGUUCUGGGAGGGAUUGUUUAGGUGCAAGUUUAAGCCGUCGGAAUCACCAGAAAUGCAGAAAGAGUGCACCGGACACGAAGAUCUGACGGGAGUGGAAAACGUUUUCACGGAAAUGUCCCACAUGUCCAUCUUUAACAACAUGUACAAAGGAGUGUAUGCUGUGGCUCACGCACUGCACACCGUGCUCAGCUGCAAUCGAACGUGUGACAUCAGCACGAAGCUCGAUCCAUUAACAAUUUUACGCCACAUAAAAAACAUCCACUUCAAAACAAAGGGAGGAGAUGAGGUUUAUUUUAACGAGAAUGGAGAUCCGGCUGCAAAAUACGAAAUCAUAAACUGGCAGAGGAAAGAAAAUGGCAUUGUGGACUUUGUCACUGUGGGUUUCUACGAUGCCUCGCUGCCACCAGAUAAACAGAUGAAUCUACAAAACGAGUCUUUAGUUUGGGCACAGAACUCUAAAGAGGUGCCUGUAUCUGUUUGCAAUGAGAGAUGUCCACCAGGAACAUGCAAGGUUCUCCAGAAAGGAAAACCUGUGUGCUGCUACGACUGUAUAAAAUGUGCAGAGGGAGAAAUAAGCAACAGCACAGAUUCUGUCAGCUGUGUGAGAUGCCCCCUUGAAUCCUGGCCGAACGAGAAGAGAGACGCUUGCGUAAAGAAGGAGGCCGUGUUUCUUUCAUAUGAAGAAAUUAUGGGAGCGUUGCUCACCACAGCGUCUCUGUUCGGAACGUGCAUGACUUCUGUCGUGGCGUACAUUUUUAUUAAAUACAGGAACACUCCUCUUGUCAGGGCAAACAACUCUGAGCUGAGCUUCCUGCUGCUCUUCUCCUUAAAGAUGUGUUUCCUCUGCUCUCUGACGUUCAUCGGCCAGCCCUCUGAGUGGUCCUGCAUGCUGCGGCACACAUCGUUUGGCAUCGCCUUUGUCCUCUGCAUCUCCUGUGUCCUGGGGAAAACCAUAGUGGUUUUAAUGGCGUUCAAAGCUACACUUCCUGGUAGAAAUGUGAUGAAAUGGUUUGGACCCGUACAGCAGAGACUGAGCGUGUUGGGUUUCAGCGUAGUACAAGUUAUCAUCUGUAUCCUCUGGUUGAUAAUCUCUCCUCCAUUUCCAUCCAAGAAUUUUAAAGAAUUUAAAGACAAAAUAAGCUUGGAGUGUGCUCUGGGCUCUUCUGUGGGCUUCUGGGCUGUGCUUGGUUACAUUGGGUUUCUCGCCACAUUAUGUUUUAUUUGUGCUUUUCUGGCUCGUAAACUGCCUGACAAUUUCAACGAAGCCAAAUUCAUCACCUUCAGCAUGUUGAUAUUCUGCGCUGUGUGGAUCACUUUCAUCCCAGCGUACGUCAGCUCUCCUGGGAAGUUCAGUGUGGCUGUAGAAAUCUUUGCUAUCCUGGCCUCCACUUUUGGGCUGUUAAUUUGUAUUUUCAUCCCCAAAUGUUAUGUCAUAUUAAUGAAACCAGAAAGAAAUACUAAAAAGAGUAUGAUGGGAAAAGGGGCUUGA